AACAAGUAACAACCCCCCUUCGUGAGUGUGUCACUCAGCCAUAGCUUCUUCAAAGUUCACAAAUCACAAUUCACAACCCAAACCAAAACCCUAGCUUCUUCAACGGUUCCGCCGCCGCCGUCUGUGGUUGUCGGCGCCUCCGCGGCUUCCUCCUUCCCCCUAUCCCAAACCCAGACCCUCCCGUGGCUUCUCUAUUCGAGGCUUCCAGCUGUUCGCCGUUGUCUCUUCGUCGGGAACACAAGAACUUGUAGCUUUGUCUGGAGCCCACACUCUUGGAAGUAAAGGUUUUGGAAGCCCAACUUCUUUUGACAAUGCAUAUUAUAAGAUUUUUUUGGAGAAGCCUUGAGCAAAUAUAGUGUGAUUGGCCUUCCUUCAGAUCACACACUUGUUGAGGAUGACGAAUGCUUAAGAACCUUGCGUAACACACACACAGAGGUGUCAGCCAACCCCUGCCACAUUCUGUUUCUGUUUCUGGUUCUUAUUCUGCUUCCCUUCGGUGUGCUUCCCUUCGGUGUGCUUCCCUUCAGCCCUUCUGGCCUUGUUUAAAGGCCUGGUUUUCUACCUUUCACAUGCCAUUUUCUUGUGUUUAUUACUUAAUUUCUGAAGGGGUUGGGAUCUUUCAUUUCUCGAUUUGAUCAUCAGUAUAAGGAACACCUCAUGGGAGGAUUGAGAACUAUGGUUAGGGGGUAUAAAGAUAGCAGGUUGGAGGUUGAAUGUUUGAUCUGGCUUUGCUCCCUUUCAGAGCUUGAGAUUGAUAUGUUAAUUAGCUUGAAGUUGCUGAUCUUUCAGCGUGCAAAAACGAUAGGCUAUGUUGGCCUGGCUAAGAAAUUCAACCUUAAGAUUAUUCGAGCCAUUGCUGUUGUUUUGAUGGAGCAUCUUAAGGAAGAGUUAAAAGAUUUAUUGCUUGUUGCAGAUAUGGAUAAAUCUGCGUCUUUUUUGGAUGCUUGUAAACUAUUGAAAUGUUAUAAGGAGGGUACUACAACUAUUGAAGAGCUAAUUACAGACAUCGGUACUGAUAUACAAGAAUAUUUGAGGAGACCAUCAACGUACAAAAGAGAGGAGGAGAAAGAUGAAAGACAGUAGUGGAAGAUUAUGGUGUUCUUGAUGACCUGAAACUUACAAGCUUACUUAUGGCAGAAGUUGAGUUCGACUUUUCUCAUUGGCGGAUGCAUACUUUCUUUUUAUAGGUUUUCCACUUUUUUUUUCCCUUUGGGGUCAUAUUCAUAAAUUAAUUGUAUUCAUCUAUU